UGCAGUAGCUGGGAAACAUAAUCAUUUGCCGUGGAGUGAUCUGACGGAGGGAGAGGGAGUAUGUGCGCGCGCGUGCGUGCGAGCGUGAGUGAGUGAGUGAGUGAGUGAGUGAGUGAGUGCGUGUGUUUGCUGUAGCUGGACUGUCGCCGCACUGAACAGCACGCGUGCGAAUUUUUGCAUGUCAGGAGCGGAUGAGGAUCCUGUCGCCGGUCAUCGGCCGCUGCCCAUCUUUCGUCUCUCUCUCCGCUUGUUCCUAAUUAAUCAGAGGCAUGUGGAAUUGUGCGAGGAUUUCCAACUGGCUCUGCGUAGCGUGCCUGCUGCUGUUCACGACGUGCACCGAGGUGUCCUGGGCUUCGGGCUAUUUCGAGCUGCAGCUGAUGAGUGUGGAGAACGUGAACGGGGAGCUGUGGGACGGUGAAUGCUGCGACGGCGCGCGCAACACGCGGGACCAGCGGUGCACACGCGACGAGUGCGACACGUACUUUAAAGUGUGUUUAAAGGAGUAUCAGAGCGAGGUGACCCCCACCGGCCAAUGCAACUUCGGCAGCGGAUCUACCGGCGUGUUGGGUGGAAAUAUAUUCUCUUUUAAAAACACUAAGAGCAACAGCAACAAGAUCAGCGACGCCGGGAAGAUCGUCAUCCCGUUCCAGUUUGCGUGGCCGCGAUCCUACACACUCAUUCUGGAGGCCUGGGACUGGGACAAUACCACUCAAAACAGUGAGGAGCUGCUGAUUGAACGUCAUGCUCACACAGGCAUGGCAAACCCUGGGGACCCAUGGAAGGUCAUCGUCCAUUCUGGGGCCACAGCCCGUCUGGAGUACCGCGUCCGCAUAAAGUGUGACGAGAACUACUACGGCAUCAAGUGCAACAAGCAGUGCCGGCCACGUGAUGACUACUUCGGGCAUUACCGCUGCGAUCCUUCUGGAAACAUUGUUUGUCUUGAAGGGUGGAUGGGACAUGACUGUCGAACUGCAAUCUGUAAGCAGGGCUGUAAUCUGAUUCACGGAGGCUGCUCAGUGCCCGGGGAAUGCACGUGUAACUAUGGCUGGCAGGGUCCAUUCUGUGACGAAUGUUUGCCCUACCCCGGAUGCGUGCAUGGGACUUGUGAUAUCCCAUGGCACUGUAACUGUGAGAAGAACUGGGGGGGACUGCUGUGUGAUAAAGAUCUGAACUACUGUGGGACACACCAUCCCUGCGUUAACGGGGGCACUUGCAUAAACUCAGAGCCAAAUGAGUACAACUGUGCCUGUCCUGAGGGAUACUCGGGCAAGAACUGUGAGAUCGCUGAGCAUGCCUGCGUGUCAAACCCAUGUGCCAACGGUGGCACCUGCCAUGAGGUUUCAUCUGGCUUUGAGUGUCAGUGUCCUCCAGGCUGGGAGGGUCCUACCUGUGCUAAAAACAUGGACGAGUGUGCCUCCAGUCCCUGUGCUCAGGGAGGAACGUGUAUUGAUCUGGAUAACGCCUUUGAGUGUGUCUGUCCUCCGCAAUGGGCUGGGAAGACCUGUAAGAUCGACGUGAAUGAAUGUGUGGGGAAGCCUUGCAAAAAUGCUUACUCUUGCAAAAAUUUGAUUGGUGGAUAUCACUGUGACUGCUUUCAAGAAUGGGCUGGACAGAACUGUGACAUCAAUGUAAAUGGAUGCCAUGGACAAUGCCAGAAUGGCGCAACCUGCAAGGAAGGAGCACUGGGUGGAUAUCACUGCCAGUGUCCACCAGGCUUUGUAGGCACACAUUGUGAGAUCCAAAGGAACAAAUGUGCCAGCAACCCCUGUCAGAAUGGUGGGCGCUGUCACGUGGUGCUGGAUAGCUUUGUGUGCGAAUGCAUGCCUGACUUUGCUGGGAUGCUGUGUGAGGUGCAAAGCCGUUGGAACCCGAACCUUUGUGAGCCUAACCCAUGUAAGAAUGAAGCAGCCUGCCACAGUAUGCUGGGAGAUUUUUACUGUGCAUGCACUGAGGACUAUGAGGGAAAGACCUGUGCGGAUCGCAAGGAUCACUGCAGGACUGCCCCCUGCCAGGUUAUUGACAGCUGCACAAUCACUGUAGCAAGCAACACAUCAGUCGGUGGCGUGAAGCGCAUCUCGUCCAAUGUAUGUGGAUCUCAUGGCCACUGCGUCAGUCAGCCCAGCGGCAACUUCACCUGCACCUGCGAUCCUGGCUUUACUGGCACUUAUUGUCAUGAAAAUGUGAAUGACUGUGUGAGUAGUCCAUGUCGCAAUGGUGGGACCUGCAUUGAUGGUGUCAACUCUUUCCAGUGCUUUUGUCCUGAUGGCUGGGAGGGCAAACUGUGUGAUCUCAACGUGAACGAGUGCAGCAGGAACCCAUGUAAGAAUGGUGGCCACUGCCAAGACCUGGUCAAUGAUUUCUAUUGCGAGUGUGCUGAUGACUGGAAGGGUAAGACAUGCCACUCACGUGAGAGCCAGUGUGACUCCAGUACUUGUGCCAAUGGGGGCACCUGCUAUGACCAUGGAGACACAUUUCGCUGCGCUUGUCUGCCUGGCUGGGGUGGACACACGUGCAACACGGCAAAGAACAGCACAUGUGCCUCUAGUCCAUGUGUUAAUGGAGGAACGUGUGUUGGAGGUGGCGACACGUUUACCUGCAUUUGUAAGGACGGCUGGGAAGGACCGACCUGUUCACAAAACACCAAUGACUGCAACCCUCACCCUUGCUAUAAUGGAGGAAUCUGUGUGGACGGUGUAAACUGGUUUCGCUGUGAGUGCGCCCCGGGCUUCGCCGGACCUGACUGCCGCAUCAACAUUGACGAAUGCCAGUCGUCACCCUGUGCGUAUGGAGCUACGUGUGUGGAUGAGAUCAAUGGCUUCCGCUGCAUAUGUCCUCUCGGGCGCUCUGGACCACGAUGCCAAGAGUUUAUCGGCAUUGGGAAGACGUGUCAUUAUACUGGGCUGCAGUUCCCUCACGGCAGCCGCUGGGAGGAAGAUUGCAACACCUGCCAGUGUAUUAAUGGCAAAGUAGAGUGUACAAAGGUGGUGUGUGGCAGACGGCCAUGCCUAUUACCAGGAGCCCCUGGGAGAGAGCAUCACGCGUGUCCAGCAGGUCGCGAGUGCCUAGAGCACGGCUUUCUCACUUGCCUCUCUCCCCCAUGUCACCACUGGGGCUUCUGCUCAAGUCCUGACACCCCACCAGCAUUUCACACCAAGUGUGAACCAAACACCGGCUACCUGGGCAACAGCUGUGCAAGAAUUACACUCAUAUUCAACCGGGACAAGCUACCCUCAGGUACAACAGUAGAGAAUGUAUGCUCAGAGUUGAGGUACCUGCCUGCUACACGGGCCCUUGCCAAAGAUGAUGCCCUAUUGGUUCUUUGUGAACUUUCCUACUCCAACCAGGAUGCAGUAGAGGUGGCCAUGUCCUUCCAGCAGGAUGAGCAGCCUGACCACAGCCGGAUCCAGGAGGCAGCCAGCACCAUCGUCAGCACGCUGUCCAAGCGCCACAACAGCACCAUCAUGCUGGCUAUCAUCGAGGUCAAAGUGGAGACGAGGGUUGUGCCUCAGUCUGUGGAUUACCUAGUGCCUGUGCUGUGUGUGGUCUUUUGUGCUCUCUGGGUGUUCUGCGUUAUCGUGUGCGUGUGGUGGACACGUAAGAGACGUAAAGAGCGUGAGAGGCAUGAGCGUGCACCUGUGGAGGAGAGCGUCAACAACCAGUGGGAGCCACUGCGACCAGUGAACCGGCAGCAGCACAAGGACAACCGCGAUGCUGAAUACGAGCGCGCCAAGCUAAUGGGAGACACCGAGCAGGUGUGCAAAGGCAGCGAAGAAGACCAGCUAGAGGAAGAUGAUGUGGAGGAAGAGGAACUAGAGCUGUGUGAGGAGUGGUGUGGGACAGAGGGUGGCAAGAGGCCCAUCCAAAAAUACUCGAAAGCAGUGGUGCAUGUGAACAGCGAGCUGAUCUGCACCACUCGCAGCAGCAAUGCACCCCUCAAAGCACCUCACCGGACAGCCCACAGCCACAAAGACAACCGCUGGAAAAGCACUGGCCAAGACCCCAAAGAGCUGUAUGUAUAGACGUUAUUGCACAGACCCGGGCAUAGAGAGAGGCUCUUUUUCUGACAAAGAAAACAUCAGACUGUUGAGUUAGAGAGAGAGAGAGAGAUGGAGAACUUUGUUUAUUUUCCCCCUUUCAUUUUCAUUUCCUUAUAUUUAUAAGUGCUGAGAUAUUUUGAGUCAGAGAUUUUUUUUCCUCUUGAAAUAUUUUUUAUUUCUAAUGUACAGAUGAAGUGAAAUUUGUUUUACUUUAUAAGAAAAGUGCUGGAAUGGCCCAGCACUUUUUUUUUUUUUCUUUUUUUUUUUCAAAAUGUACUGCUGAAAGAAAUUACGCAGGAAAUCAAGGAUAAAUAUAAAAAUGUAAAGACUUUUUCGUUGCUGUUUACAGAUAAUUCUGGUUUUGUUCUAUUGUGAGUGGCCUGUAUUUUGGAUGAGUCUGCCAGUGAAGUGCACUGGUCGUGUGGACAGAAGUAAGAACUUCUCGUGAUUUAUUUUCUCCUUCAUUCAUCUCAUCACCUCUCCUCACUCCAUGCUUGCCUUACUCAGCUCGCAGGUCUUGUGCCUGCGAAGUGGCCUUGUUUUUUUUUUUUUUCUCUUGUGUCUGUUGUCUUGGCUGAACACUCCUUAAACGAUAAAGGAUUGCAGUAUUUUGAGUUGGUAGCAAGUGCCUUCUGACAAGCCUGUUGCAUCUCUCGCUGCCGAGGUCAACCCCAAUAGAUCACAAGGGGAGCUCGUUUCCCCAUUUUGUACCACCGAGGUAUUUGAUCAAAGAAAGAAAGAAAUGUGUAUAUAUUUGUACAUAGUAAAGGAGUCGCUGUGUAUAUUUGAAUUUAGUAAAUUAAGACAAGUCACACUUUUUUUAUUACUAUUAUAAUUAUGAUUGAAAUUAUUAUUAUUAUUAUUAUUAUUAUUAAUAUUGAUUUUUUUUUUUUUUUUUUUUUUACAAUGCCAUUCCUUUUAUUUAUGCCAGUUGACAUAGGCAGGUUUUAUACAAGUAUACAGCAUCCCACAGUCAGAACAGUAAUGUAAUCAAAGUUCACUUUUUUAUGUUGUUGAUUUGUUUUCACACUAACGCAAGAAAUUCUUUACAUUUAGGUGGUAUAUCGUGGCGUGUUUUUUGCUUCCGG